ACGCAGCAGUUUCCCCAUUGCUUCUCUGAUAUGCCAUUAGUUUCGUGUUCCUUACUUUACCAUACAACAUAAGAGGUGUUUGAACUUUCAGCAUGACUCUGGCAAUAGCGCUUUUGCUUUGUAUGUUUUUGGGGAUGCAUGGUUUCAACACACAGCUUGUUAUUGAACCUCAGCCUAACUUUGAUGUGGAGAAAUUCGCAGGUGAAUGGUACCGGAUUGGAGUUGCAGAUGAGUCCCCAUUUUUUGCGAUGUUCAAAGACCAUCUGAAGGUUUCUAAAGGCCUUCUAGUAUCAGAUGCCAAUGGAAAUGUGAAUCUGACCAUGUGGAGCAUAAGACCAUAUGGAUGCUCCAUCAGUGUUUAUUCAUAUGAGAAGACAGAUGUUCUUGGAGAAUUCACUUACUUCAGCAAAAGGCACAAGAUAACAAAAGACAUCACAAUAGUGGAGACCAAUUACACUGAUUAUAGUUUGGUCCUUAAAUACAAGAACAUGCACAAAGAAUACACUCAAGUAGCUCUUUAUGGACGGUCAUCUCUACAAAGGCCAGAACUAAUAGAGAAGUUCAGAUCUUUUGCUUUAUCUCUGGGCUUUUCUGACGAGGCCAUUGUCAUUCCAGCAGAUGUUGAUCCCUGCCCAAUUCUAGACCCAAGCCCACCCUAUUCCAAGUGAGGGCUUUCCUGUUCCCGUCCCACUCUCAGGCUCUGUGUUUGUGACGGAUAUCCCCAGGAAAAGGCAACACUGAUCAUGAUGUCAGACACUGCACUGCAGUAACCCUGGUGACUGGAAUAUAAUACCGAGCCAUAGUGCUGUUUGAGAGAUGAAGAAAUAUUCUCAUGUGAAAGUUUUCUCCUAGUAAAUCUAUUCUUCCAUAGAGUAUUCAAUACAUAAAGUUCAGGUAAAUCAGACAUAUCUGUAUCAUAUUCUUUUGCAACAGUAAGGUGUUUUUUUAAAAAGCCUAGUAAUAUCUCUUUGCAAAGUCCUGAGACGCCAUCUAGAUGUUACAGAGGAAACUGGUUCCCUCUAGUGACCGAAUACUCAAAAGACACUCAAAUUUUACAUUUUGUAUGUCACUUAAUCAUGUUGGUGUAUCAUGUAUGUAGGUGUAUCUGUAAACUGUAACUUGUAAACUGCUUGUAUUUAAAUGCCUAAGAAAAAUCAAACCACCUGAUAUCUGCAAACAAAUUAUGCUUUUUGACC